UGUCAUCUUAGAAAAAGUAUGCCCGAGACACCAUCACUAACGGACCGAACAGCAAGGGAAUCCCAACCGCUGCGCCUCUUCCCCUCACCUUGGUACAGACGUAACAUCGCGUGGCUUUGUUAAAACCAAGAGAAAACUACACUUAUAAUCGUCUCACUUCUCUACGGAGAAAAGACACCACAAUCACCACAACCAUGUUGGCCAAAAUCUCUACGUCGCUCGUCGCGACUCUGCUGCUCUCAUCGACAACAAUGGCUGCGCCUACACAAACACAUUGCCGCUGCGAAAUCGUUGCUGAUAUGCCAUCGUCAUCCGUUCCCGCUUCCGCUGCCUACACACCUUCCGCCGCACAUUGGUCGCCAGCAGACCCCUCGCAAAGUCCAGUCGCAGUACUCAAUGUAUGCGCAAGUCUAGGAUCCGAAUUACAAAAACUACAGCACACAGAACCGGAGCUGUACGACUCGUAUAUGGCGGGUGCUAUCAAGGAUGCGCCGCAGAAGCCGGUACCAACUUCGGUGUUAAUGAACGGUCAUGAUGAGGGACAGUCAAUGUCAAGCCCACAUAGAAGGAUUGUGUGUCGUGCAGAAUCCAUAUUGUCUCCCGCAGAGUUCCACAGCUCGUUUGUAGGGCUGUGGGCGCUGCAGAUGAUUGUUGUGCUGGCUAUAUUGGCUUGUGUUGCUGAGGGUCUGCACUUGGGUAAACAAUGGAUGGAAAACAACAGCUCUCCUGAACCAGUAUCUAAGAAGAGCAGCUUGCGCUUGACCGGUGCAGAAAGGCGUCUUCUCGCCAUACCUACUGGUGCCCAGCAAGCAGAUUCAGUGUUCAGCCCGGGCGCAGAGAAGAAGCUACGAGCGUACGAGACGACACGAUACUUUGUCACGCAAGCAUCGAGUGGACGGAGAGAGUUCAUUGCGUAUGAUGAUGAUAGCGAUGAUGAGGCGAACAGGCCUGUGAUGUAGUGUUACCCACAUCACGGCUUUGAUUGAAUGAAUGUAUUAUGUUCCACCUUUCACUACCUAUUCAUCGUGCAUGCAUGUUCC